GUACGUAUAGACGCGUUUCAACACAGCUUCGGGGAAAGCCCGAGUCCGACCGGUGCCAAGUUGCGGCGCCUGAUCUAAACGUCGUGGUUUUAACAUUAAAAGGCAGAAAACGUCGGCGUCUUAUCCCUGUCCCAGCACCCCCAAUCUGUGUCCCAUUUCGCAGAAUGUAGGUAGGGAGACGCAGAGAAAGUCUCUUCCCCUAAGAGCGAUUCAGAUACUUCUCAUCACACAAGGAGAUUCAGAAUCAGCUCUCUCUCUCUCUCUCUCUCUCUCUCUUGGUUCCAUCGACCCUCUCUCUCAUCAUCGUCCCUCUAAUAUGUUAUCACCUUGGCUUCCUUUCUCAUGCAAUCUAUUUUGGAACUUCCAUCAAGCUGUUGUGAAAUUUGUUCAUGUAGCAAAUUGUGAACGUUGAAGAGUCCUUGACAAUCUCUAUGAUCAAAAUGCAUAAGUAUCUGCUUAAGAGUCCAUUCCACAAGCUUCUUCAGCGAUCCCAGCAACAGCCAUAUUUGAGGAUGGAAUUCUAGCUCUGCUUUUACAUGCUGAUUGUAUGAUCUUGUGAUUCUUGUCAUGACCUGAGAUCUCAUUUCUAGCUUAAUUUGUGUCGGUAUACUAUAGAGGUUAACAAGGGCACUUUUUGUGAGAAGGCAAUCAUGGAUCACAAUCACUUGACGAUAAAGACAUACAUGUCCAUCAUGGCUGAGAGGGAUGCUGCCAUCCGAGAUCGGAAUAUGGCGCUAGACGAGAGAAAAAGAGCCUUCGCCGAGCGAGAUAUGGCAAUGCUGCAGCGAGAUGCUGCAAUUGCAGAGCGUAACUCGGCUAUGGGUGAACGAGAUAAAGCUAUUGCUACCCUUCGAUUCUGGGACAGUUCAAUGAAGGAAAAUACCAUGACUCCUGAUUCAUCUGGAAAUGGAAUUAUGUGUGGAGAAAAACACAUUCACCACCAGCAGCAAAUGCAUCACAUGCCCCACUUCCUGGAAGAUGCACAAUAUUCUAGGGAAGAUCCACCAAGCGAUGCUUACCCAAUUACAGGAGUUGCUUCUGAGACUGCCAAAACCAGGAAGGUGAAACAAACGAAGGAGACCAAAGCAAUUCCAGCAAAGAAGUCAUCCAAGUCUUCGGGAAAGGGUAAAAAAGGGUCUGAAGCUUUGAACAAGCAGAUGACCGUUGCUACAUCAAAUGCUUGGAAAAAUGAGCAGGAUUUGGGGGGCGAUGAUGACGACUUGGACAGGCAGCUUGUUGUCUGGAAGGAUGAGCUGGGGUUUAACCAGGUCGAUUUUGAUGAAUCUACCAUGCCAGUGCCAGUUUGUUCUUGCACAGGAGCACCUCAGCCGUGCUACAAGUGGGGGAAUGGCGGGUGGCAAUCAGCUUGUUGCACGACCACCAUGUCAAUGUAUCCACUGCCGCAGGUGUCUAAUAAACGCUAUUCCCGAGUUGGGGGCAGAAAGAUGAGUGGAAGUGCCUUCACUAAACUGCUUAAUCGGCUUGCUGCCGAGGGUCAUGAUUUGUCCACUCCAGUUGAUCUCAAGGACAACUGGGCCAGGCACGGUACAAAUCGCUACAGUUCCCAAAAAUAGCUUGCGGAUGAGGGUCUGGACUUCACAGGCGGUGGGAAAGCACAUCUGUAAUUCUCUGGGAUGAACAAAAAACUGUUUGUAGACUUGUAACCUACCAUUGCAUAGAUUUAGGAACCGGAAUGCUUUACCUUUUCUUUUUCGUUCUUCUGGGAACCUAAGCAUUUGAAAAUUCUCUUCUUCUUUUUUCCAUUUUACAUUUGAGUAUAUGUUUAAAAACAAUAGGAACUGGUUUGUAAAAGUAGAGUGUCUUGAUUGGAUCUUAUAGAGGCAGAGGAUAAUGCAAUCAGGGUUGAGGUCUCGUUUGCAUAAUCACUGCGGAUUUAGUUCAAAUGGAUAUCCCUCGUUAGACUGCUCAAGGCAUGGCCUGUUGUUGCAUUUUGUAAUUAUUAGUAUUAUGAAUUUAUUGCUGAACCAAUUUCCUAUA